AGGCAACGACCGCUGUUGGGCGGGCGGUGCCCUGAGGUGUUCUAACAGGCCUUAGCCAUGGAAAAGAAUGAUGUGAUCAACUUCAAGGCUUUGGAGAAAGAGCUGCAGGCUGCACUUGCUGCUGACGAGAAGUACAAAAGGGAGAAUGAUGCCAAGCUGCGAGCAGUUGAACAAAGGGUGCCUUCCUAUGAGGACUUCAGAGGUAUUGUCCUUGCGUCACACCUGAAACCUCUAGAACAGAAGGACAAGAUGGGAGGAAAGAGAAUUGCGCCCUGGAACUGUCACACUACUCAGGAAAGGACUUUUCAAGAUGUGGCCGCUGAAAUACCCCAGGAGAAGUCACCCUUCCAGCCCACGACCUCUUCAGAGUUUUACCGUGAUUGGCGGCGAUACUUAAGAAGUGGACCAGAGCGCUACCAAGCCCUGCUUCAGCUCGGGGGUCCCAGGCUGGGCCACCUCUUCCAGACGGAUGUGGGCUUUGGACUUCUCGGGGAGCUGCUGGUGGCACUGGCUGAGCACGUGAGGCUUAAUGACCGGGAGGCAGUACUGGGGAUUCUGCACAGCUUGGCUAACACCGGGAGGUUCACCUUGAACCUGAGCCUGCUGAGCCAUGCAGAGCGAGAGAGCUGCCAGCACUUGUUUCAGAAGUUGCAGGCCAUGGGCACCACUGGACCCACGCAGGAGGGACUCAGUAUGGAACAGCCAUCUACUGUGCUACAGGAAGAGGAAGGGCUGCUACAGGAGCUAAGGGGGCUGUAUGGGGUCCACUGAUAAGGCUGGCUGCCCUCAGCCUUCCCAGGGGUUUUACAAAGCAUGUUUAAAAAAAAACUUGUUUUCGUUUAUGUGUGUGAGUGUUUUGCCUACAUGUAUGGAUGACCACCAUGUGGGGGCCCAGUGCCUGAGGAGGCCAGAAGGGGUUGUUGGAGCCUUUGGCAGCAUAGUUGCAGAUGGUUGUGUGAUGCCACGUGGGUGCUGAAAUCAAACCCAGGUCCCCUGAAAAGGCAUGUUGGGCUUCCUGCAGAAUUGUUGAAAGAACUGUUGCGAGAAACCCACACUCGCUUCCCUUUUCAAGUAGCGGGCUUGUCUCCAACCCAUUAUUGUAUCUGUGUGGAUCCCCACGACAGCCAAGGGCCGAGAGUUGGCCGAGAGUGUUUUGCUACCCACCCCUAAAGUCUGUCACAUCCCUAGCCCACAAACUCUGAGAGGUGGGUGUGUUUACAACUAAAUGCUGGCCUAGAGCCUCUUCUUGGGAGGGGGAGGAGAGCAAACUCGAUGACCUUUAAUAACAGAUAAGCACUGAUCUUUAACCAGAAUAGUUCUAACCCAGAGUCAGUGAAUGAACAGCUCAUCAACAGUGAGCGAAGGCUCCUUCAUUUGAGAUGCAGAACUCCCCCUUCCCCAGGGACUUAGUUCUUUCACAGGUUGAGCCUGGGAAAUCCCAAAGCCAUUGGCUCAGGUCUGGCCAGCAUCCCAGAUGACCAGCUGUGCAAGAGAAGUUUCUCUUAUCACUCAGAUUGAUGAAAAGAUGUUCUCUUGGGAAGACAGGCCAGAGGGUGCUCACAGCUCAUUCUAGUUUCCUGUGACCCAUUCUUGGGUGAAUGCCAAAGUUCUAGAAAGGUGAGAGCGUGCUAGGUUCUAGAAUGACUUUUCCCUUGAGAUCGGUCCUGGUGUGUUAGAAAAGCGUCUUGUAAUUCAGCUGGGGAAUAAAUUGCCUUGAACUUGGCUCUCUC